ACCUACCCUUAUUAUGGUAUGUGUACUUCAGUUUUUGCUUCAUGAUUCAUACUCGAUCGACGAUAGUGUUCUUUUUUCUAUCGUGUGUCAUGCGGGUGACAGCAAGCAUUGGCCCAUAAUUGACUGUAGAACGAGGCAAUGAGUCAUGUUGUCACGUUACGAAAAAAGAAAAGAAUAUUUCUCCACUUUUUUGCGCCCGAUUUCUAUUUUUAUUGAGAAGCAGGCGGCGUAUCCACAAUUAGAUGUUUUUACUACAUGAGUGUCGAUAACAGAGCGAGAAAAUGGAUUGUGAGUAAUGCAGUUGUCUUGUUUUGUUGAUUCUGACGUAUUAAAACAAUAAUCGAGAAAGAUGAGUUUCGGAUUGGAACUUCACUCCUUUAGUUUUUUCUGAAAUUCGUUGUAUUAAGGAGCUACCAAGUUAACAUUAAACUGAGAUGCUUCACAAGUAGUUAACAUAGAAGUCAUAUAAACUUAACCUAAGUUUUAAUCAAGAGUAGAAUGGAUUUAUUUCCUAUCAACCGAAUUUCUUAAGAAAAUCGCUAGAUCGAAAUGAUCGUUUGAUAUUUUAUGAUUUCUCUACGUUCUGAUAAUUCAAUUCGAACUUGAAUUAAUUUCUUACUUGGGAAACAACAUGCAGUUUUCAAUGGAUCCAUUUGAGUAUCUAUCGAAGAAGUUAAGAAUACAAUUGAAUUUUAUCCGAGUUUACGCAAGAUAUUAUUACAUCAGUAAGACAGCAAAGAUCGAUUAGCUAUUCUAAAUAAUGCACUCUGUUAGUUCGGGGCUUGACAAUUCGUCCCAAAAUAUUUUUCUCAUGUUUGAUAGAACUUCCUACGCACUAAAAUAAAAUGUGUCUCACUUACGUGUCGCAAUUCAUUGUGUCGCAGACUCAAUGACGAAAAUGUGUCGUAGUUAGAAUGUGUUAUAUAAAAAAUUAUUUCGUUCUGUCUGCUGGCUAUUCAUUCACCGUUUUGCUUUGGACACAUAGCUACAUAUAAGCAACACAAUUGAACACACGAAACUUAUAUCUUUAUAUUAAUUAUUUUUUUGGAUUAUUUCUCGAUUAUUUAUUAGUCGAGAAGAUGCCGAUCUAGAUCGAUUAUCGCGAGAGGGCUAAAAUAAAACGGUCUGAUGUAGAUUGAACCAAUUCGAGGUCGGACAGAUCCCAAGAUAUGACCCGCUUGAAUUUUUAGAAUAAAAAUAAUUGAAUGACAUUAAAUCGAAAAAAUAUCGAAAUUCAUUUUUAAGAAAAAAAACUAAAAAUGCGCUCUAUAAUAGAUUCGAACCAUGUUUUAAAGCUGUGUCGUGCAAAAAUGUGUUGUCCCGUCGCUGGACAAAAUGUGUCGCAGUGAGCACCUUGUGUCGCACUUAAAUGUGUUGUACAUUAUGUCGCAAAGUGCGGUGCAUGCAGCACAUUUUAUUUUAGUGUGUAAAAUUGUCAUUUCUAUCAGGUGUUUAGUCUUGAAAGGAGACAUCUCUCUUACUGGCAUGUUGGCGAUCUCGCAGCAACCAUUAGACUUAUUUAUGGCGGAAAUUCUCACGUAAACUAUCGGAUCUCGAAUGUUUCUGACUUUUUAUUACAAAAAACCUAAUUUUCUCACCUUCGAACUAUAAUGUUUUGCUUUCACUUUUGUUCGACUCUGAUCGUUGCACUCUAAGCGACAAUCAGAUAUCGUUAAGUCACGUUGUUUGUUUUAUUAGAACUCUUGAUUUGUGCGUUCGGCGUUGUCUGUUUGAUUCUAUCUUUCAUCCAAAAUUGAAAAAUGAGAAAUCUGUCAAUAACUUUUUUGAAUGAAAAGCAUCUAAGAUUUGUCGACCGAUCAGAGAGAGAAACAAGCUGCUGCGCUGAAUUUAGUUUUCUUACACGCGACUUCUUGACUAUAUUUUCAUUGCAAUAAGCUGUGUUUGAUUCAAUAGAUCUGCUACUAUUUAGCAUAUUGCCAUGGAGCAAAAUCCCUGUUGUCUCUCAUCAAAUGUUAUGGCGCAAAGCUCUGCAAAGAAAUCCGGUUAUGAUUUCUUAUUCAAAGUAACUCUGAUAGGCGACAACGCCGUCGGCAAAGUAAGAUGCCUAUAGUAAAUAAAUUGAAUUGCUUUUUAAAUUCGAUUCAAUAUUCGAAUAGUCGAGUCUAUUCAAUCGUCUCAUUUACAAUGAAUUUUCUGAUUGUCCAACAGCAACAAUUGGAUUUGAUUUUGGCGUUAAACAGCUUUUGAUCGAUAGCAAAAGGAUCAAAGUUCAAGUCUGGGUGAGCUAUCCGUUUUCCGGUCUUAUUAAUAUAUGUGUGUUUGUCUUUAGGACACACCAGGCCAUAAUCGAUUCAAACAAGUAACUGAAGCUUGUAGUCGUCAUAGCCAUGGCGCUUUAGCCGUAUUCGAUUUACGGUAUCCCGAUAGUUUCGAUGAAGUUUUUCUACGAAUCGAAGACUUUCGUCGAGCAACUUUGGCCGAUAUUCCAGUUAUUCUUGUCGGCAACAAAUCUGAUUUGGCCAAUCAACGAAAAGUGAGCCGUGAGCAAGCAACGGCCCUCGCCAAACGCCUCAACAUAUUAUACAUAGAAACAUCGGGACACGAUGCGUCCAAUGUUGAAGAAGCACUCGUAACUGUUGUCACAGCCAUCUAUCAUAAGAUGCACAAAUAA